UGUUGUUCAGGUGGUAAGUCAGUUUAUGACAGCUCCGAGGACUUCACACUGGACAGCAGUGCAGCGGAUCCUGAGGUAUCUUCGAGGGACACUGGAUGUGGGGUUAUUAUUCCUAGUGCGAGGAGAGGCAGUGAUGGAAGCUUACGCAGACGCUGACUAUGCGGGGUGUCUUGAUACACGACGAUCUACAUCAGGCUGGUGUGUGAAGGUGGGCAACUCAUUUAUUUCAUGGCGCUGCAAGAAACAGGAUCGUGUGUCGAAAUCUUCUACUGAGGCUGAGUAUCGCUCUAUGAGUGAAGUGGCAUCGGAAAUUGUGUGGCUCAAGAGACUGCUGGCCGAAUUGGGAGUUUCGAUUCAGCCACCAGUUAGGUUACAUGUGGACAACACCAGUGCUAUUCGAAUUGCUACUAAUCCGGUACUUCAUGACAGGACAAAGCAUAUUGAAGUUCAUGUGCAUUACAUUCGACAAUUGGUGGUUGAAGGAGAAGUAGAACUGGCAUACAUAACUUCGGAGAAUCAAACUGCAGACCUGUUAACUAAGGCGGUAGCGUCAGCACGAUAUUGGUUUCUAGCACACAUAUUGAUGUUACGACAACAUCAAUUUGAGGGAGGGUGUUAGAAGUUUAAGUACCAAUUUGCAAUUGUCCAAAGUAGGGUUAAUAGCUUGUAUAUAUACGUGUGUUGUAUGGCCGCCUAGGUCAAGUAUUGUUGGUGAUAAUAAGAACUCUCUGCCGUAGUGCCGUGGACUAGUCUCAACGAGCAUCGUUGGGGAAACCACGUAAUCUCGUGUGUUCGUGUGAUCCUCGUAUAAGAAUUCGUGUGUUUGACAACAAAAACGGAGCACGAGUGGCCACCAAAUGAGCCACCCUGUUUCCAACAAGAAUACUUCUUGCCACCAAACCUAGAAAAGUACAAAUCUAUGACACCCGCAUUAACAACGCGAACAUCCCAACCCGUGCAAUUAGCAAAUACCACCUUGGCAUCUUGUGCUGUUGUAGUCUUCCAAUGAUUUGAAUGAUAAUCCAUUAAUACCAACCCAGCAGAGCCAUACAUCUGCAGCAAAUUGGGAAUAUGAAAAAGAAGAGGAUCAUUGCAUCCUCUUCCUAAAGAAGAAACUCCCCACUAUACACCGGCGAGUGGGGAAAUUUUAUAUUAGUGUGGGCUGGUUGGGCUAACGGCUGAGUGAUGUGAGGUUUGGACUGACAGAAUGCAUUUAAGUGGGCUGGGGUAGGAGAGUUAUGGGCCAGGGGGUCAGCUCGGGCCUGAUAUGUGGGAUUGGAUAUGUAUUUUCAAGUGUUCAGUUCGGAAUUCCGGUUCGGUUGAAACCACCCUGAUUUCUGAAGUAUGACUUUUCCCUUUCGAAUUUCGAAUCGAUUAGUAUGCAAUUCGGUCUCGUUCGGUUCGGGUUCAGUUUGGUUCGGUUAGGUUCAAAAGAGUGAACCCAAAUUGGAUGCCCACCUACUCUCGUGCCAACAUUGCUAACGUUAGAGUCAUCCUUUCCUAAAAAUUUUAGAGAGCUGCCGGCAAGAAACUACUCUCUUCUAGGGUGUCUUCGGGUCGAGUUACCUAUCUUGGGCAAUAGUGAUUACUCUUAACAAUUAUGAUACAAGAAAUGGAUUGUGAAAUUUUUUUAGUGAUUUGAGAUAGAAGGAACAGAAUUGGAGAGGAUUUGGGGAAGAACUGCCGAUAUUUUUAAGGGAAAAGAUAGACGAGAUUGAGAGAUAUAGAUUAGAGUUGAGUAGACUUUUCUAGAUUACUUAUGACGUAAUCCAAAAUACAUUUUUUGUAGGGAAAUACGAGAAAAAUCUAAUGAAUAACCUUAAUACGACAAAAAUAUUACUAAUAUCAAUAUUAAAUAAAUAAAACAAUGAUGCUAAAAGAAGACUUGUGUCCUCCCCUCUCGAGACCAACCUUGUUCUCAACGUUGACUACCUUGGUUGACUCUUUUGCCUUUACCGCACAAUCUUGAUGUUGACUCUAAAAUAGUAAAAGGAAUUCACAAUGUUCUCAUUAAUAACGAUGGUCAUAUAUACAACUAUACAUAGAGAGAGUGUUUAAUCCUAUGGGUAGUGGUGAACUUAAAGAUUGGAAAACAGGAACAGAAAAACAAAUUCAUUACAGAAGUAGGGAUGAGAUCUUGUGACAACCCUUUUAUGGGUUGUGAAAAUGGCAACCCACAUCUUAGCCUACUAUUUCCUUCUCUUUCUUCCUAUUUUCAAAUUAUUGUUCCUUAGCCCAAAACGAAGACCAAUUACUUUACCUAAAAGUAAUGAAGGUGGUAAUGAAAU